AUGAGUUUCUCAAUACAAAAUUAUACUAAUAUUAAAUUUUAAAAUACGAAUAUAAAAAUUAUAUAAUUUCCCGGAAUGUGUUCAUGACAAACAUUGUCUAAAGAAAAUGUUAUUGUAUUAUUUAAAUUUCUUUAACAAACACUAUGGAGUUGCUAGGAAACUUCCAGUGGGGUCAUCCUCCACUUAUAAGUUCUAACGUCUACUAACCUUUGUUUUCUUGACUAAGAUUCUUUUUCUAUCUAUCUAUUUAUCUUUAUAACAUCUUCUACAAUGGCCGUCAGUGAUUUUUUCGCCGGUGAAAUAGCAACGGAGCUCCUGAAGCAGCUCUUUAUGAUAUCAGCCAGAGCAUGGAGAUACAAAAGCAUGGCCAACAACCUCAUUAUCUUGAUCGAGAACAUUCAACCGACGAUCAGGGAGAUCCACUACAGUGGCGUUGAGCUUCCUGCUCACCAUCAAGCUCAAAUCCGUAUGCUCUUUGAGACUCUUGACAAGGGCAAGAACCUCACGGAAAAAGUCUUAAGCUGCAACCGCUGGAAUAUGUUUCGACAUGUAUACCUCUUGAAGAAGAUGGAGAAGCUAGAGAAGACACUCUCUAGUUUCCUUGAGGCUCCUAUUUUAACCAACAUCCUCGCUGAUGUUCAUCUUCUCAGGGCAAAUGCUGAUGAAUGUUCCCUUGACGUUGACAAUAGCCUCGCUUGAAGUUCUCUCUUGUCUUUUUUUUUUUUUUUCUCUCAUGUUUUUUUUUUUGUUGCUUUUGAUAUCUCUCCUCUUAUUUGCCAAGUAGAAGACCAUCCAUGUGUUAUAUACAAUCAUUCUCUCUGUAUUUCAGUAAUCAAGAAAAUUUUGUUGGCUGGUUCA